CACACACACAUACGCACAAGGGGAGAAAGAGAGACUAUCGGCUCUCCACAAGCCGUGCAGUCAAGCUCUGCUCUGGAGAGGAUGAAAGCGACAGGAGGAGGUAACUGAAAGAGAGACGGAGGGAGGGAGGGAGAGAGAGAGAAAUGAGGAACAAACUCAAACUCUUGCGUAUUUUUCACCUUUAGUCAGCGGCCAUGUGUGUUCAGGGGAGUGCGCACAGACAGGAAAUCCAGAAUGGCUUCUGGGAUUAACCUCUGCUAUUGGUAGAACUACCCAGAAGUCCACGUCUAUUUGCACAGCAUCUCACAGCCUGGGAAAUUCCAUAAUGUAAUUGUAUCUUGCUCUUUUUUUCUUUCUUCGGUAAAACCUUCGGCUUUGUGCCAUGAACCUUAGAGGAUCUACCGGGACCGCUAUUUCCUUAGUUUGGAUUUAGAUUCCUCUUUUAUUGGGACUACUGCACGGGCCUGCAGCGGUGGCUAGUGGUGGUGGCUGCGGCGGCGGUGGUGGGAGGACCUUACCACCUUGGAAAACAGGGAUAACUUUACAAAAGCACGCGCCACCAUGAGGAUAUCCACCACCUCCUGUCUCUGUCCCUUUCUGGUCUGCCUCUGCUUCAUCCAGAGGUGCUACGGGGCAAGCCACCAUGUCCCUGCCAAAGUGCCCUCCAAGAACCAGACCAAACUGGCCAAUGGGGAGACGGAGGUGCACCACAGGCCUAAGCGGGGCUGGAUCUGGAACCAGUUCUUUGUUUUAGAAGAACACAUGGGACCAGACCCACAGUAUGUGGGAAAGCUUCACUCAAACUCAGAUAAAGGCGAUGGAUCCGUCAGGUACAUUCUGGACGGGGAGGGAGCUGGGACUAUAUUUAUCAUCGACGAAGUGACAGGAGAUAUUCGUGCCACUAAGAGCCUGGAUCGGGAAAGGAAAACACAUUAUGUCCUGCAUGCACAAGCCUUGGACCGCCACACAGAGGAGGCCCUGGAACCAAAGUCGGAAUUCAUCAUCAAAGUACAAGACAUCAAUGACAAUGCACCCAAAUUUCCAGAUGGGCCCUUUGUAGCUACGGUGCCUGAGAUGUCUGAAGUGGGCACUUCUGUGUUGCAAGUCACAGCAACUGAUGCUGACGACCCCACCUAUGGAAACAGCGCCAGAAUAGUCUACAGUAUCCUACAAGGACAGCCAUAUUUCUCUGUCGACCCCAAAACAGCACGUCUGAAAUCAUAA